AUGUCCAGCGAAGAUUUCAAUAAACGUUUAUUUAAAUAUCUUGAUGAUCAUCAAAAGGACUAUAUCCAACGAUUGAGUGAUGCAGUUGCGAUACCAUCAGUAUCCGCCUGGCCUGAUCAUCGGCCCGAAGUUUUUCGUAUGGUUCAAUGGACGAAAAGUUUCAUGGAAUCAUUGGGUAUUGCAGUUGAAUUAGCUGAUGUUGGAGAACAAAAGCUUGCAGAUGGAACGAAACUCAAAUUACCGGAUGUCAUUCUGGGUACUUACGGAAACGAUAAAUUGAAGAAGACAGUUGUCAUCUAUGGACAUUUGGAUGUCCAACCGGCACAAGUUUCCGAUGGUUGGGACACCGAACCAUUUGUCUUGACGGAGAAAAAUGGCAAAUUGUAUGGUCGUGGUUCUACCGAUGAUAAAGGUCCAGUCAUCAGUUGGCUCAAUGUGAUUGAAGCAUAUCAAAAACUGAAUGAACCAUUCCCGGUCAAUGUUAAAUUUGUUCUCGAAAGCAUGGAAGAAUAUGGUAGUGAAGGUCUGGAAGACUUGCUUAAGUCUCUGAAAAAUACCUUUUUAUCGGGUGUUGAUUAUGUUGUCAUCUCCGAUAGUUAUUGGUUAGGAAAAGAAAAACCAUGUUUACAAUAUGGUCUUCGGGGUAUUUGCUAUUUCUUCAUUGAUGUCGAAUCGUCAACGAAAGAUUUACACUCCGGUUGUUUUGGUGGUACAAUCCACGAAGCAAUGACUGAUCUAAUUGCCGUAAUGAGUACAUUAGUCGAUGAUCAAGGCCGCAUUUUAAUUGAUGGUAUCUAUGAUGAAGUUGCACAACUACUACCAGAAGAAGCAGAAAUUUACAAACGUAUUACUUUUGAUGUCAAAGCUUAUUCUGCGGAAGCUGGUGUUGAUAAAACAAUUCAACAAGAUAAAGAACAAAUUUUGAUGCACCGAUGGCGAUACCCAUCAUUGACUUUACAUGGAAUUCAAGGUGCAUUCGAUGGCGUCGGCUGUAAAACAGUCAUACCUCGUCAUGUUAUUGGAAAAUUUUCUAUUCGCAUUGUUCCUAACAUGAAAAUUGCCACAAUAGAAAAACUGGUUGAAAAGCAUGUAAAAAAUGUGAUGGAGAAACGAAACUCUCCAAAUAAAGUAUCCGUUAAAUUGGAACACGGUGGUGAUUAUUGGCUCGCCGAUCCAAAUCAUCCUCAAUAUGUUGCAGCACGUCGAGCAACAGUUGUUGUUCACGGUAUUGAACCUGAUCUCACACGUGAAGGUGGUUCCAUUCCAAUCACUUUGACAUUCCAAGAGCAAACGGGAAAGAAUGUUCUUUUAUUACCCAUUGGCGCUAGUGAUGAUGGUGCUCAUUCACAAAAUGAGAAAUUCGAUGUUAGUAACUAUAUGAACGGAAUGAAAGUCAUGGGUGUUUACUUUCAAGAAGUUGCCCGAGUCUAA